AUGGAGUGCAGUGCUUUCCCCGCACUGACUUUGAUAGUUCUCCUCCUCAGCUGGACUUGCUAUGCUGUGGAGGAUACAGAGACGCUAUCCUGCCCAGAAAACCAGCAGGGUUUUAAUGGUUCCUGUUACGAGUUUGUGGCUCUGGAGCGAUCCUUCCUUGAUGCCCAGGAAUGGUGUGAGCGAGAUGGAGGACACCUAGUCUUCAUCCUGAACGAUGAAGCCCAGCAGUUCCUUCAGAAGAACCUGGAGCCAGAGAAGGACUGGUGGCUUGGGAUAGCACCUGCAGCUCUAAACCUCACGCUUGACUCUGAGGGUUCCCUUGCAUGGCUGGAUGGCACAGAUAUCGACUACAGUAACUGGGUGAACACUCCAGAUUCACAAGCAGCCUGUGGACACAUCCUGAGACAUUCAGGCUUUCAGUGGGAAGCCACAGCAAACUGUGGCCAGGAACUCAACUUCAUCUGCCAGUUCGAUUCUGGAAGAUCUGUCGCAUGUGAUGGCCAAAAUAUUACAUUGCAAUGUGGCCCUGAUCAGGUUAUACACAUUAAAGACAGCUUCUAUGGUCGAAAAACAAUUCAUUACUGCCGAUCCAAACUUACAGAUGAGCCCACACCUUCCCCGGAGAAGUGCAGCUGGGUAGAUGUGACAGAUUCUGUAAGAGCCCUCUGCCACGGACUGCAGACUUGCCUGCCUCCAGUGAAUAUGAGUUCUUUCGGUGAACCUUGUCCUGCACUGGGAAGUUACCUGUCUGUAGAGUACCACUGCGAACUUGGAUUCCAGCUAUUGAUGAGUACAGUGGAUGCUGUUUAUGGUAAUAUCACCAUCUCUGUGAAGUGGCUUCUUCACCCAUUUCAGGGGAACUUAUCAUGCACACUGAAUAUGGGAGAUGGUCAUAUUGUUGAUCCAUUCAGCCAUACAGAAGAGAUGGAGAGCACUGUGACGCAUACAUUUAGCCAUCCUGGUGUUUUUAUGGUCGUGGCGGAGUGUAAUACCAGUGACCGACAUGCUACAGCUCAGAAAGCCAUUACCAUUCAGGAGCCUGUCGGAGAGAUUACUGUGAUCAAGUGCUAUAGCAGCAAUGUGUCAACAGAUGGCACUAAAUGCAAUGCACUUUAUGUCAGCCCUGUUCAAAUUCAAGUUAUGGUAGAGGCAGGUACAGAUAUUUCCUACACAAUUCAGAAGGAAGACAGUUUUGUUGCAAACUCAUCAGUGGAAAGAGGGAUCACACCCCACAACAUUACACUGAGUGCAAGUGUGGUGGAGAACCUUGGUCACGGCUGCCACAACCUGACUCUAACUGCAUCUAACAAGGUCACAGCCCACACAGUGUCCACUGACCUGGAGCUGUGUCUGCUUGAGCCCGUUGAGGGCCUGCAGGCCUCACUUAUAUCGGAGGAGGGCAAGUGUCCAGACUCCAAUGAUCUCGUCAUUGGUGUUUCAUUAGAGCGAGGGGCUCCUGAGUACGUUCUCUUCAAUCUCACAGGAACCAAGGACACUUUCUUUGAGACCAGAGACAUGCUCAAUAGUAGUUUACAUGCUUAUACAUUCUCCAGUCCAUUGGAAGGAUUGUUAAAAGUGAGAGUACGAGCCAUGAAUGCCUUUUCUGCCUCUGAUGUGGAUGUGGACUUAGAGAGCGUACUCAAGGCUUGCCAGAAUUACUCUGACUUUUCACCAAACAAACAUGAAAAUAUGACAGAUCACAUCAGUGUUGACAACUCUACUGGCUUGAAAAUAAUAGCUACGCCAGACACUUUGGUUGACUACAAUCAGAGUGUCACACUGAAGGUAAAUGGAACUGAGUCAUUACCCAGCAAAGGACUUGCGUUUGAAUGGACAUGCAAAGGAAACUGCAAGUGCAGAAAUGAAACAAAGGAUGAAACCCAUGUUGUUGAAAAAGACUGCCUCCCAGAUCUCUUUGAAAUGUUCAAAUACACUUUAACUGUGCAGAAAACAACCUGGUUUAGAAAAUGGGUUGACCUUGCUUCAGUUUCAAAAUGUAUCACUGUUGUUCCAAAUGAAUUCACAGAUGUCACCAUCAGUUGUGAUAACUGUUCUUCGAUCAAUGUGAACGACCACAUAAAGCUAAGACUGAGCUGUGUGACAGCUUGCCCAGAUGUAGUUUGGUAUAUUGAAGACCCCAGACCUUUGACAGGCAACCUUGAAGAAUGUUACUCCGAUGCAGGAAAGAGGCCACUUAUUGAGAAGCAGGAUGGCAACACUGAAUAUGUUGUACACAGCCAACACCUAAAAGUUUCAAGGGACACAUUGCACAACAUAAACGUGAUUGCUUAUGGCAAGAAAGAGCCAGGAUUUGCCAGAUACACACUUCCACUGCCAAUCCCCCACACACCCUCAUGUAGCAUCUCUCCACCAUCAGGAACAGUUCUUGAUGCAUUCGACAUUACCUGCACACCAAGCUCUUUCUGCUCAGCAGGCUGUUUUUAUUGCUUCCAAACCAACACAGGCAUACAUCUGCGCUGCAGUAAUACAAAUGAAGUAAAAUCUGUCUUCCUGCCUCUCGGUGAUAAGAACAACGAUUACAGUUUAUCUGUUGUGGUGACUGUGAAAAAUGAAUAUGAGAAAGCCAACUCAACUGUCACAACUCAGGUACGGAAAAGCAACUCCAGUACCUCCGUGGAGGCUCUCAACUCUGCAGUGGAAGACACUGUCACUCAGUUAGAGCAGCAAGGUCUGCUUUCUGGUGAGACGCUCGGACAAAUAUUUACUUCAGUUUCUGAAAUGCUGAAUACAGAAACUGAUGAAGAUGAGAAAGAUGCCAGGACUAAGCUCAGAGAGCAAAUGCUGACAAAAAUGACCACAGUGCUGCUGGAUUCCCCCACUAACUCAACUCAGGAAGUGCAAGCGACAGCCAGAGCUGUUGCUGGACUGACCCAGCGCUCAGACGAGCUCAGUGUUGCUGCUCAAGAAGAAGCGAGUUCAUUGUUGGUAGACCUCAGCUCCUCCCUCAACACUAUUAGUAUUAACCACGAUGAUGAGGAUGAUGCAGAAGUUGUGGUAGCAGCUACCCCAAUAGUUGAAGCAGCCAGUAAUAUUUUGAAUGUCUCAUCAAAUAAAAAAGUCUCAGAUUUUCUUUUGACUGGGAUAAACAAUGUUCAGAGUGCUUUGCUGAAUAAUAAAAAGCUGAAUGGAGACCCUGCCAUCAUUGAUUCUGGCCAGAUCAGUGUAUAUGUCAACAGAGUCUCUCCAGAAACUAUGCAGAUGCUGGACAUAAAUGCACAGAAGGAAAGCUCAUCUAGAUUCUCGUUCCCUAGACUCCCCGAGGAUGUUGUUUCUCCAGAGGAACAUGUGGAUGUGAGAAUGAUGAGUUUUGAGAAGAACCCAUAUUCUUGGAAGGAGGAAAACAUUACAGGAACUGUAGGAUCCGUCUCUCUCACCCGAGUGAAUGGCACUGUCAUUCCUGUUCACAACUUACCUGAGGAGAUAGAGAUUCUCCUACCAAGGCUUGACAUUGGCCAAGGGAACAGCACAGUCUUUGACCUUGCCAAUUACAGCACAGUAAUAAUUGACGUUCCCUCACCGGAUGUAACACUGGUGCUGAAAAUGGUGCCAUCUGAAAACAUUUCUUUCAUACUAUUCCUGGGAAGUAAAGAUUACCCAAGUGAUGAGAAUUACGUGGCAAAGACUCUGGUCCCUCUGGAGAAUUCCAAAGAAGAGGAAAAAUAUACCUGGGUGCUGAGUCCCAGAGACAGAACAGGGGAUGCUGGAGUACACUAUCUUGUUAUAAAGCCUAUUGUAGAGCCAGGCAUCAAAUCCAUCAAUGCCAGUGUCACUGUCACUACCAUUGCUGCCCAGUGCAAAUACUGGAAUGGAACAGAGUCUUCUUGGAGUGAAGAUGGCUGCAGGGUUGGUCCACUCACCACAUCUUUGGUCACUCAGUGCUUCUGCAACCAUUUAACCUUAUUUGGCAGCUCUUUCUUUGUCAUGCCAAACCUGGUGGAUGUGUCACGCACUGCUGAACUUUUUGCCACAUUCACUAACAAUCCUGUGGUGGUGUGUUUUGUGGGAGCCAUCUUUGUGGCAUAUCUCCUAGUGGUUAUAUGGGCACACAGAAAAGACAUCCAGGACUCAGCCAAGGUUAAGAUAACAGUGCUUGAGGAUAAUGACCCCUUGGCUGAGUACCGUUAUAUGCUGCAUAUCAGCACCGGGCAUCGGCAUGGAGCCUCCACCUCCGCUCAGGUGACAAUAAUGGUGCUGGGUACAGAGGGAGAAAGUGAGCCCCACCACCUGACAGACCCUGAGAAGCCUGUGUUUGAGAGGGGUGGGGUGGACAUGUUUCUGCUGACCACACACUUUUCUCUUGGAGAUUUGCAGAGCAUAAGAUUGUGGCAUGACAACUCAGGAGAUCACCCUGCAUGGUAUGUCAACAAAGUGAUGAUGCAGGAUCUGGAGACUGGUCAGAAAUGGCAUUUUCUGUGUAAUUCCUGGCUGGCUGUAGAUGUGGGAGAGUGCAGUCUUGACAAGGUUUUCCCAGUAGCCACAGAAAUGGAUUUGAAGAGGUUUAGUAACCUGUUCUUCAUGAAGACAGCCAAGGAUUUCCGUGAUGGCCAUAUCUGGUUCUCAGUUAUUAGUCGGCCUCCUUGUAGCACCUUCACACGUGUCCAGCGAGUGUCUUGCUGUUUUUCUCUUCUGCUGUGCACCAUGCUGACCAGCAUCAUGUUUUGGGGCAUCCCUACAGACCCCUCUGAGCAGACCAUGGACCUCGGUCACAUUGAAUUCACCUGGCAACAGGUUAUGAUCGGAGUUCAAAGUUCAAUCAUCAUGUUUCCCAUCAAUCUCCUUAUCGUGAGUAUCUUUAGAAAUACUCGUCCUCGAGAGAAAACUGCCAAAACAGAUGCGUCUAAACAGGGGAAGACUGGUCGAGUUGCUCCCUCACAGACUUCUUCCCCGCAGAAGGAGGUGAAGGACAUCACACCAGACACUGUGAUCAAGGACAUAAAGAGAAUUGCUCAGUCACUCUCAAAGACUAUGAAAAGUCCACUCCCACAUCUGGAGCUCCAUCCUGGUCAACAGACAGACAUCAACACACUGCUGUCUCUGGUGGAGGACAUCAUCAGACAGCAGAACCGAGCAGCUGGAGACUUCUACACAGAUGCCUUCAAAAGGGAUCGCUCUAUUACCCUCAGCUUAGGUUCAGUCAAUCUACAAGAAGACUGUGUGUGGGGCAGCCCUGAGAAGACUGCAAAUGAAGUUCACAAGAAGAGCAACAACAGCCGGUACCUGUACAGGCAACUGCGUCACGUCGAGAAAGAGCUGGAUCUGUUGGGACCUUGUCGUUUUCCAAACUCAGACAGCUACAACAGAGCUAUGCAACAAGUUCAAGGAAUGAAGGGUCUUCUGGAGUACCACCUGCCUUCGUCCAUCCUGGAUGGAGACCAUUUCAACCGCAGCCCCAGUCCAGAGGGAAGCAUCAAUGUGGAUGCUAACAAGAAGUGUUGUCAAGGAGGGUUGCCAUGGUGGUUUACGUUUGUUGGCUGGAUACUGGUGAUUGCAACCAGCGGUGUGUCAGGAUACUUCACCAUGAUGUAUGGGCUGACUUACGGGAAAGGCCGCUCUAUAAGUUGGCUUAUCUCCAUGGGGGUCUCCUUCUUUGAGAGCCUCUUUAUAACACAGCCCCUGAAGGUUCUCGGUUUUGCUGCAUUCUUUGCUCUUGUUCUGAAGAAAGUUGACCAGGAGGAGUUUGGAGAGCCUCAGAUAGACGAGAAUUUCAGACACCCAGAUGAUCCUGAUGCAGUGCGGGCAGCAAGAAGAGACAGCACAUGCAGUUUCUAUCAGCCGCCAGCUCCCGUUGACAUUGAGAAGAUGAGAAACAACAUGAUUAAAGAGCAGAAAGUCUUUGCCCUCAUAAGGGAGAUUCUUGUCUACAUUGGAUUUAUGUGGAUGUUGCUCCUGGUGGCAUAUGGUCAGAGGGACCCCAAUGCUUACUUUCUGACCCAACACAUUCGACAGAGCUUCAGCAAAGGGAUCUCAGAAAGUAUGAGUAUACAGGAUGUGUUUAACUGGUCAAACACAACUCUGCUGAACAACCUGUUUGGAGAACAUCCAGGAUUUAUUACAGAUGGAAACUCAAAGCUGGUAGCUAACGCACGUCUCCGCCAAGUGAGGGUAAAGGAAAACUCCUGCCAUGUUGCCCGCUCGAUGCGGCAGUCUGUGCAAGACUGUCAUAGUUCAUACUCGUGGGAGAUGGAGGACAUGGGCUGGUACGGUCCAGGCUGGAGCCACUCGGUGGGAGGUGAGGUGAACACCUCACUGAACCCUCACAGCCCAUGGAUGUACCAGUCCCAGAGUAAACUGAGGACCUACCCUGUCUGGGGCAGUGUGAUGCUCUACAGAGGAGGAGGAUUUAUGGUGGACCUGGGGCCAAAUUUAGAAAAAUCCAGAAGUUCCCUCCAGUACUUGUAUGAGAACACCUGGUUUGAUGUAUACACACAAGCAAUCUUUGUUGAGUUCACUGUGUACAAUGCCAACGUCAACCUCUUCUGCAUUGUCACACUCAUGCUGGAGACCGCAGCCACAGGGGCCUUCCAGUUCCACAGUGAGCUUCAGAGUGUACGUCUUUACCAGUCCACCGGUGGCCUACACAUCUUUGUCAUGGCCUCUGAAGCCAUCUACUUCCUCUUCAUCCUCUAUUACAUGUUUGUCCAGGGAAAGCUGAUGAAGCAGCAGAAAUGGGCUUAUUUCAAAUGUAAAUGGAACCUGCUUGAGUUGUCCAUCAUCAUUCUCAGCUGGAGCGCGUUAUCUGUCUUCAUCAAAAGGACUUUACUGGGGAAGCAGGAUAUGGACUUUUACCAGAAAAACAGAGACCAAUAUGUCAAUUUCCAUGAGACGGCCAAGGCUGAUGCAGUGCUGGGGUAUCUGAUCGCCUUCCUGGUAUUGUUAGCUACAGUCAAACUGUGGCACCUGCUGAGACUGAACCCCAAGCUGCACAUGAUCACAGCCACACUGCAACGAGCCUGGAAUGAUAUUUCAGGCUUCCUGGUGGUCAUCACCAUCAUGUUUCUGGCGUACUCUAUUGCUUCUAACCUGAUGUAUGGCUGGAAGCUGUACUCCUAUCGGACUCUGCUCGAUGCCACACUGACCAUGGUCAGCCUGCAGCUUGGCAUUUUUAACUAUGAAGAGGUUCUGAAUUAUAAUCCAGUGCUUGGUGCUUUCCUCAUCGGUUCCUGCAUUGUGUUCAUGACCUUUGUGGUGCUAAACCUCUUCAUCUCUGUCAUCCUGGUGGCAUUCAGCGAGGAGCAAAUACAUCACAAGCCAUCAGAAGAGGAAGAGAUUGUGGACCUCAUGCUGAUGAAACUCUGCAGUUUGUUUGGACUCAGAUUUAAUAAACAAGGGAGCGACAGUCUGACUGAGAGGCCAGGUGUUCCUUCUGCUUCUAAUAAUCAACUCUCGACAAUAUCUUCUAAAAGUAUUCAUGAGGGCUGAUGCACUAAACAGACAUUCAACAUUAUAAGGCCUCCAGAAUGCUCUGUGUCAGCUGUUGCUUGCCAUAGCUUGCUUAUUUUAUUCAAAUCAUCAUGUUGUUGCUUUGUAGCUGAAUAUUGACCCCUUUUUGCUGAAGACCUAUCACUAUUGUACUGAAACUGAAGCACUGAGAAAAAGUAGGAGCUGAUUAUAAUCUUCAUGUUAUCCACCGAGGAAUUGUAUUUACA